UCAUGGUCUCCCCUGACAAAUCAUCAAGGAACCUUUAGCUGACACACUCUGUUGCUCCCACCCACAGACAUUUUACAGAAGUCAAAAGUUCCUUUUUCAUUUUACAGUCAAACAGCGUGCCCUGUUUAUUUCAUUUUAUCUGACACGGCUGGAGGCCUCCAAGAGUAUCUAAGUUUAUAAGUGUGUGCUAUACAAUAAGAGAGAGAGAGAGAGACAUUUUUCGGUCUUCGUUGAGUGAGAGGAAAUUUUGAAACAUUGUGCAAUGUUGCCGCAAAAGUUUUGAAAGAUUGUGAGAGUGUUUUGCCAGCAAGUGCCUGAGAGCCGGUCCGUUGGAGAAGAGGUCUCCAUGUUGCAUCCAUACAAAAUGGAGAGCUACCUCAUCCCGUCUCACUCAGAAGAAAUCUACGACCCUGAGAUCUACAGACAUCAAAUUGCAGAAUAUUAUAAUCCGUAUGUCUUAGAAGCAGAUAUCCAGGCAGAACACUGGGACUACCACCCUCACCCACAUGCACACCCUGUAGAGUUUGAAAAUCUCCAAGAGGCAAACUUCACAGAGCUGCAGAGUGUGCAGGCUCUGCAUCCUCCUGGCAUCAUACGAUACGAUGCAGAAAACCUGCUCGAUCCAAAUCUUGGGGCACAUCCGCAUGUGUUACAGCAACCAGUAGCGUUCUUCCCUCGGCCCGUGUAUCCAACACACAUGUCCCAGCGCAGCUCUGAUGAUGAGGAGCACGGAGGAAGAAGUCCCCCGCUGGAGGUGUCUGAUGAGGAGUGUCUGAGAGAUCGGGUCCCCUAUGUCACCUCAGGAGAUCUGGGCAAUAAGAAGAAGAUCCGUUUGUACCAGUUCCUGUUGGACCUUUUAAGAAAUGGCGAUAUGAAGGACAGUAUCUGGUGGGUGGACAGAGACAAAGGAACUUUCCAGUUUUCUUCCAAACACAAGGAGGCUCUGGCACAUCGAUGGGGGAUUCAGAAGGGAAACCGCAAAAAAAUGACCUAUCAGAAGAUGGCACGUGCGUUGCGCAACUAUGGCAAAACUGGAGAGGUGAAAAAGAUAAAGAAGAAGCUGACCUAUCAGUUCAGUGAUGAGGUGCUGGGGAAGAGUCAUCUGGAAAGAAAACCAUAUGUGUAGGCAAGGGGGAGGGGGGGGACUGAAAUGUAGUUUCUGGUGUUGGAUGUUUAAUCAAAUCCUUCUGAUCAAGUAAAAAGCAUUUUGUGAAUAGCCCCAUUAAUGCUGUACAGUGAGAUCAAUCCUUAUGAAACAAGAGGCAAAAUCCCCCAAAACUCUUUCAUGUUGGAGACCAUUUUGUAAGUGUCAGUCACAGUAGAGAGCUUGGUUUGGCUGUCUUGAAUGUUACAAAGUACUUCAAAGUAGCAGGACCAGUUGUAAUGUGUAAUCUGUAAAUGUGUACAGAUUUGUGAAUGAGUAUUCAGAUUUUUAAAAAAGUGUCACGUAAAGUAUCUCCUGUUUGUGAAUUUUGUCCUCUUUGGCUACCUCUACACACGGCCCACUAUCAGGUGGGGGAAGCAUUUACGACAUGGUGGCCAAAGUUGGAACUGCAAGUCAUGUGAUGGUAGCGUUCACAGAGACAUUUGACAUACUCAUCUAACAGAGAUCAACAGCAUCCAACAGCAUCAGUAAAAUUGUGAGGAAAAUCAUCUCACACAAUCAACUGCCAUCACACUUUGAACCGUAAGAGCUCAAACUACUGCAAUAAAUAUCAGCGAGGGUAGACUAAGUAACAGGAACACUUCAGUUGAACACCGCCAUAAGCCACAUCAUUCAAAAUGAACAUUUUCUGAACAUUGUUUUUUUUUUAUCUUGCUCUCUCUCUUUCUUUUAAUUACGUGUCUGUUGGUACAUGAAUGUAUAGAUAUGUAUGUAUAUAUUAAUAGGUACACUCUGUUUAGUAACAAUUAUAUUGAUACUUAGUACUUCCCUUAUUGUUAAUGUGGAGUAACAAAAAUAAUAAAGGUCAGAAAUUGUGUCACAAGAUGUUUUUAGAACAGGAAAUGUAUCAGUGAUAUGUAAUGACACAUUAUUAAAACAAAAAGUGUAAAAAGAAAUUAACUUUAAGUUGAAUCAUCACCUCUCAAAACAGUUUUAACAUUAAGCAUUAUAGCCUUCUUGAAGGAAAUAUUUAUCUUAGGACUGCAUUAAUUUCAAUUGGGUGCAGCUGAGCGUAUAUAUUAAAAACCCUACAAAAACAGUUGACCAUGGUCAAUGAAGGCAUUAUAUACAUUUGCAAGCAUAAAAAAUUUCUCAGGGUACAGUAUGUGCUUUUAUUUAAAUUAAUUGACCCCCCCUUUAAUACCUCAAAAAAAAAGUGCUAAUCUGCUGAUACAUAUAGACAUCAGCUUUAAAACAGCAAAACCACUACUAGCCAAUAUGAAUAUCUUCGACAGAGACAGAGCGCAUCAC